GUGCGUGUGCCUGUGCGAGAUAUUGGGGAUGUGGUAACAUAAAAAUAGGGUUGUGUAAAGUGAAGAGAUGCAAUAUACAGUUAUACACAUUGCUUGUGAGUUGUGAACGUAGAUUCUCCAGAAACACAACGAAGAUGGAGGAAAGAGGCAAGUAUGUGGCUUUAAUUGGAGUUGGAGCGCUACUAGGUUCUCUUUCAACCUUGUCGAUUCUUAAGCUGCUAUACAAGAGGACUAUUAGAUGCCAGCGCGCUUACUCCUAUUCCUUGUAUGUUGCAGAAAGGACCGUAAACUUGCAUAUAUGUCCAUCAAAGAGGCAUUAGAAACCAAUGAUCUUUAUUUUGCAGGUAAAAAUUGUAUGUCAAAUGCAGUUGUCAAGGGUUCUAACUUUACAAGCGCUAAUGAAUCCAGCACCAGUUAUCUGGACAUGCUAAAGGAUGACAUUGUUUCUGAACACCUCACCAGAAAUAUUCAGUUCUUUGGCCUCAAUUCCCAACAGAAAGUGACCGCGUCUUAUGUUGUAGUCAUUGGUCUUGGAGGGGUAGGAAGUCAUGCUGCUUCUAUGCUUCUGAGAUCUGGGGUAGGAAGGCUUCUUCUAGUUGAUUUUGACCAGGUGUCACUUUCAUCUCUAAAUCGUCAUGCUGUUGCAACAAGAGAAGAUGUUGGCACCUCAAAAGCUCAAUGCCUUAAGAAACACUUUUCCUCAAUUUUUCCAGAGAGUCAUGUAACUGCUAAGGUGUUGUUAUAUGAUGCAUCCUCAGAGGAAGAAAUCCUUUCCGGGAACCCUGAUUUUGUUCUGGACUGCAUUGAUAACAUUGACACGAAGGUUUCGCUCCUUGCUGCAUGUGUACGUAGGGGUGUAAGGGUUCUGUCUGCAACAGGAGCUGGGGCAAGAGCUGACCCUACAAGAAUACGUGUGGCCGAUCUAAGAGAAUCGACCAAUGAUCCACUUUCCCGAGCUGUUAGACAUCAUCUAAGAAGAGAUCAUGGUAUUGAAGGUGGUAUUCCUGUUGUUUUUUCAUUGGAGAAACCCAAAGCAAAGCUACUACCCUUUAAGGGACCAAGUGGAGAUGAGGAAAAGCCUUUAGAUUAUCAAAUAGUACCAGGAUUUAGAGUUCGCAUAAUACCUGUGCUUGGGACCAUACCUGCAAUUUUUGGACAAGUCAUGGCUUCCUAUGUUCUUACUCAACUGGCAGAGUUGCAAGUCCAAACAGAACCUGUGGUGAAUUUUGACAUGCAUCACUAUCAAGUGCUCCAUCAGCGUCUUAUUGAGCAUGAGGAGCUAUUAUAUGGCACAUCUAUGCAAGUUCAGGUGGAUGUGGAAGAAGUUAGAUACAUUGCCAAAGAAUUAUGGCAUGGGCACAGUGCAAAAGACGAAUCUAUUAAAGACUUCGGCCGUGCAAUGUGGCGCUCUGUUAAUGACUUGAUGCUUGUGAGAUGGGAUCAAGCAAAGCCAGCUUCAGUUUCAAAUCUGAUUCUUUUAAGAUUCAAAGAGGCUGAUGAACACGAGUCGAGGACACUUGAAUACAUAAGAGAGAAGGAACCACAAUUUUACAGGAGGGUGACAUCUGUGCUGAAGAAAGCUGAAUUUGAUUUCGGACUGUGAUUAUAGGGUUUAGGGUUUUUUUUGGUGGUUGAGUGGCAGACAGCAGCAGCAAUAUGUCAGGCUCGGAUAUAGUUAUCUUCCUGCUAUCUGGUUCAAUUAUUUUCAGCUCAACUUUUGAAACUAGAUCGAGUUGAAGACCAACAUGAAAUGGUGGAAACCGAUGAAAACUACUGCAAAGUAUGUACCAAAUUCCAAAUUAGUUAUGAUAUGGUGAUUGUCCUCCAUAAAAGAUUUUGAGUGAUGAACAUGUACAAGUUAAAAGGAUUGCAAUUGCUGGUGAGUUUUGGGGUGGGGAAAUAGGCACAUUAAUCCUUAUGACGCCAAAAAGACGGGGACCAACAAGAAUAUCUCAUCACCCUGGUCUAUAAAUAGAAAAUUAGUUAUUAAAGUGUAAUUGUUGGGGAGUGCUUGGGUCUGGGAAAUAUGCCCAUCAAUCCUGAUGAUGAGGCCAAGAGGGGACCAAACAUUCCUCAUUCGGUUUACAAAUAGAAAGUCAAUUUUACAGCGGUUAGAAAAGAUGACUGCCAGGCUGUUAACUCUUAACCUUUUAUGCAAAAGAGGAAGAUAUUACAUAUCUAGUUUGAUUGAUAAA